CUGCCACUGAUCUCGCUGUAUCGGUCUCCUCUUUCUCGCCUCUUCUUCUUCUUCUUCUUCCAGCUGUUGACAUCGAUUCUGUCACUGCAUUAUGGCUUCCUCGCAUUGGGACUCUGCUUGCGUUUCAAAGACCACGGCUGAGAUGCUCCUCCUCAUGCCGCAGCAGCAAGUCGCAGUGGCAGCAGCAGCAGCUGCUGUCACAGACUUCGAUAGCUGCAGCUCCCUUGAUACUGGUACAGAUGCUCCCUCGGCUGAUGGAGUCAUAGUUAGUUCGCCAUUGUCGAGUGAACUCCAUGAAUCUAAAAAGGUCCAGAACCAGAACCAACAUGGCCGUGUGGAUCAUAAAAGAAAGACCAAAGACGAGGCUAGUUUGGUCACUGGUGAAUCCGUGGGGAUCAGGGAUGGCAAGAGCAAGAAACAGAAGAGGCCUAAAGGUGGGUUAAAGAUAACAGAGGAACUGAGGAGCUCCUCUGAUGGAUACGUUCAUGUGAGGGCAAGGAGAGGUCAAGCAACGGACAACCACAGCCUCUCGGAAAGGGUGAGAAGGAAGAAGAUUAGUGAAAGGAUGAAGAUGCUGCAAGGUCUUGUUCCUGGCUGUGACAAGGUCACCGGUAAAGCACUGAUCCUGGAUGAGAUAAUUAACUAUGUGCAGUGCUUGCAGAACCAAGUUGAGUUUCUCUCCAUGAAGAUUGCUUCUUUGAGCCCCGUAUUAUACGAUUUCGACGUCGGUUUUGCCGAUUGCAUAAACCAGCCACAGAAAGUGAUCACGAGAAGCAUACCACAACCAUUGUCCUAUGUAGACCAGAUGAAUCAUCUUCAAGCCAAAGCUUUUGACAGUGGAACCACAACCUUCUCUCAGGAUGAAGGCAGUGCACUGCAAAUGGGUGAACAAACACAAGGGUUCGUCGAUCAAAUAGGGUUCACCAACAUGUACUCUUUUGAGUAGAGAAUAAAUGCAUGUACAUGGACGAAGGACAACACAUCUGCAGACACAGACAGAAGCACUCAAUGUUCUUGCAUCGGCUUCUGCAGUCGCAGUAUCAUUUCAAGACCCAUGUGAAACAGUGUCUCUCUACAAGACUGCACUGUGCUGAAGGAGAGAAGGCAGAGAGAGAGCAAGGGCAAGGCAGAGAAGAGACUCAAAAAUGAGGAGGCGAUGUUGGCUAUUUGGCCAGUGAAGUGAUGCACAUAUCUGGAGACAAUUUGUCAUGUUAACUAGCUUGCAUAUGUUCUCAUAAAUAAUAUCGUAUUGCUAGUUUACUGGUAUCUUUCUUCUUCGUUAUCUGACAGUCUUA